AUGGACAGGUACGAUUUAAAGGAAUACGCCGCACUAACAAGAUAAAAGCUUUUAAUGUGCAACGUCUGCAGGAUCAAAUUUCCGAAUGAGAGCGUAUCAUCAAUCUUAAAGAAUCAUUUGCAUACGCAUUUUAUCCCGAAGCCUCUCGCGUGCAGACAAUGAGAGCUCGAAUUUCAGGAACGCUAUCAAUCGCUGCGUGUUUAUAAGCUAAUACAUAAUUAAUACGAAUAUCUGAUCUGCGGCAAAAGCUUCCCGAAGCCCAGUUUCCGGACUCAUGUACUUGUCCAUACAGAUUUGCCGUGGACACGCGAUUUUUGCCCAGCGAAAUUCAAGAGAAAGUUGAAGUCAAUGUUGAAAACGCACAAGCUGACGAGAAGAUUCGAGUGCGAUAUAUGUAAGCGACGUUUUCAGCUGAAAGGAAUCAAGCCCUGUAAAUAUUGCAGCAAGAGAUACAACAAACCUUGGAGUUUGAAGAUGCAUAAAUAUUGGCAUACCGGACUGAAACGAUUCAACCGCGAUUUCUGCAAGACACGUGAAGGCACAGUUUGCAAAUCAUAUUCGCACACAUUGCACACAUCGGUGAGAAACUUUACAACGCAUUUGGUUACCCUCAGUCUCGUCUGGUUCCCAUUAGAGAAAACCGCGAAGAAGCAUGCGAAUCGAACCGGUCCGGUGCAACUCGCCACCGGAUUGGCCAGCUUUGGAAUCAAGCCGAGUUUAAUUCUUAAGCAUUGGUCACGGAACGGGUCUUUAAGUAUCAAGGUCUAA